AUGAGCACCAAUAUCAACAACAACAAUAAUAAUAAUGAUAGUCACAAUGAAGAGUUAAUGCAAAACAUUGCAUUAAAAAUAGAGCAACGUGAGGAAAUAAGAGCAAUAGAGAAGAGAAAAAACAAAGAACUUAAAGAACAAAGACAACUCGAUCUUACAACCACAGAUAAAGUAAAAGAAACUUUAAAUGAUAUAAACACAUUGUAUAAAGAUUGUAAUGAUAGAUUAGAUAGACUUGUCAGCUCAGGUUCAAGCUCAAACAAUGACAAACAGAACGAUAGUAGUAUACAAAAUGAACUACAAGAGAUAACAGCAAUGAUCACUGAAAUGAAAGAUAUCUUUCAAGAGAAUUCAAUUAUAUUACCACCUUUUGAAUUAAAGAAUAUCACAUCGAAAAAGAAAGCAGAGGCAACCACAACAAAAUCAUCAUCCACAUCAAAACAAACCGAAUUAAUAGUGGUAACAACAAAAACCUCACCAUCUCAAAACAAUGUAGUAGAAAAAGACAGCAGUAGUGGUAUUGCCGAAUCAACUCCAAUUUUAAACUUUGAGACAAUUAGAUACCACAAGAAUAGAGAUAUAAACUUCCCUGUAGAUAUAGAAAAGUCAGUAGCAAUACACGCAACAACUAUAAAUGAUCUAUCGAUUUCACACCUCGAUCAAUGUAGAGUGACAAUUAAUAAAGUUCUUACAUCUUUAAAGAUUGACAAUGUGUCAUCAGCAGCGGUAUCAUUGUCAAAUCAGAGUGAAAGUGAAAGUGAAAGCGUCAUCAAUGCCAAAGUAGAGAUUGACGGUUCAAUAUUCAUCGAUGCUUGUACCAACGUAAAGUUCUACCUGAAAUCAAGACAAAUUAGAAUCCACAACUGUCGUGGCUGCCAGUUUUAUAUCAACACAAAAAGUCAUCCCAUUGUGGAGAGUUGCAAGGAUAUUGGAUUUGCACCAUACUCUCAGGAUUCGACCGAUAUCGAUAAUCAAUUUUGGUGUAAAGUGAACGACUUUGACUGGCUGCAAUCAAAGCAAUCCCCAAAUUGGCAUAUAAUUCCCAUUGAAAAUAGAAAUUAUUAA